AUGUCAAAAACCAAGAAAUGGACAGUCCAUGAAAAACGCCCUCAAGAACCAAAAUGGUUCACCCAUAACGGCUACAUCAACACUGACCCAACAAAGAUCAAGAAAAACGGAGCUGGUAAGAACAAUUGGGGUCAAGAUGGCGAUGAAUCCGACUUCACCUUGUUUAAUAAAGGUACAAGAAGAAAUUCAAAUCAUGAUGUUAAUGAAUUGAGAUUGAUGCAAUUGAAUAAUUCAAUUGAUGCUAAAUUUGCAUAG